AUACUUGCCGACUAACGUUAUAGUGUGUGUGUGUGUGUGUGUGAUCUGCAGUGUACUAGAACAUGCUGUAAUCUAGCUAGUUGUCUUGGUAACGGAGCUCAGGGUCCCGUCAAGUCUGAUCAGCGAGGAACUGAAACUGAAGAAGUCCGCUCUGAUAGUCCUACGGCUGUUGUGACGACAAGUCCUGAACAGUACAUCAAACACCCUUUGCAAAACAGAUGGGCCCUCUGGUAUUUCAAAAAUGACAAGAGCAAAAGUUGGACAGAAAACCUGCGUCUCAUCUCCAAGUUUGACACAGUGGAAGAUUUCUGGGCAUUAUACAAUCACAUACAACAGCCCAGUAAGCUUGGAUUUGGCUGUGAUUACUGCUUAUUUAAGGAUGGUAUUAAACCCAUGUGGGAGGAUGAUAGGAAUAAACUGGGUGGACGGUGGUUAAUGACCCUCAGCAAACAGCAACGGCACAACGACCUUGACCGCUACUGGAUGGAGACCCUGUUGUGUUUAAUCGGAGAGUCCUUUGACGAGGCCAGUGAAGAUGUGUGUGGUGCUGUUGUCAAUGUCAGGCCAAAAGGGGAUAAAAUAGCCAUUUGGACAGGCAACUGCCAAAACAGGGACGCAAUCAUGACGAUAGGGCAACAAUACAAAGAGCGUUUGAGUCUCCCAAGCAAAACCCUCAUCGGAUACCAGUCACAUGACGACACCUCUAGCAAAAGCGGCUCUACAACAAAGAAUAUGUACUCUGUUUGAAGAAAACUAAUCUCAACUCAUUGUAGGUUUAUACAAUUUCAAAUUUGCAUCACAUUAAUACUUUUCAGUUGUCAACUACUGUAGUGUCCUUCCUUUUUAAGAAAAGAAAAUAAAAAAAAAGUCAAAUGUAAAUGUAGUGCUCUCCAGCCUGAAUCGAUCAGCAGCGUCACCGUGUGGAUCAGGCACCGUCUGCUUGUUUUAGACCUGAGAGAGGAGCGCCAGUUGAGCUAGACGUUACUGAUAUCAUUUUAGCCAUUCGGGAGAGUUUAAAAGGACUAAUCCAGACUUACCUAGAUGAAGAGGUUCUAAAGCUUAGACACGAGAGACCAACCGCUCUUCGCUUUAACCUUUCACUUUCUCUCACGCAUCAUCAGUUGUUUCUCACAGUCAGACGAACAAAUAAACCCACCACUUUAUCCACACGGACGUUUUAAGGGCCCAAACUGUUUUAACAUGCUUUGGUUGGAGGUGUUUGGCAUGAGACGAGUGUGCAGAGGCACCUGCAGACUGACUAUCUUAAAGGUUUGUAAAGGAUUACUUUCGGUCGCGCUCCAUGUUUUGAAUUUGGAGGAGUGGUCGUUUAUUGUUUCAGCUAUGCUGGAAUUGUGGCAUCUUGCUUGUAGACCUAUUAUCUAACAGUUGUGUUUCUCCUUCAUCCCCUUCAUCUAUUUAUGAUGUAUGCAUUGCAGUUCAACUAUGUAUAGUGAGAGGAAGACCAUGGAAAUCAAGCUUUCUUUCAGUUCUUUUUUUUUUUUUGAGGUUCUUAGCGAUGUUGGACUACUGCUUGCUGUUUCUCUUUUUUGUUUGUUAGUUUGAGCUUCUUUUUUUUUUUUACAGUGUAUUCAGUGAAUGCCUGGACAUACAUGCUUAUUAGGUUUGCUUUCACCUUCCCCUCAUUGAUACUGUAGACAUUUUCUAGUUUGCCCCCACUCUUUGGAUCAUUGAAAGAAGAGAGGAUUCAUUCAUUGUGAAUUUAUUUUGCUCAUAAUGUAUCUUUAUUAUCUGUAAUUCCAGGAUGUAUAUUACCUUCUUUCAAAGUAAAGGUUAUGUGCUUUGCAUUAA